AUGAGGCAACUCGUCUUCACGAUAUGCCUUGCCCUGACGGCAGCGAGGCUGUCACAGGCUGUUGACUUCGUCAUCAACAGCCAGCCCUGGCCACUCGCACCGUCCUCCACGCCAAACAACAAGAUCAUCCCGGUCCUCGUCGGCGGCACCGCCCUGACCUUCACCCCGAACAGCGUCACCGCCAGGCCGGGCGACGUGCUCCAGUUCCAGUUCGCGGCGCGCAACCACACCGUCACGCAGUCGCUGCCGACCUCGCCCUGCCGGCCCAUAGACGGCGGCGUCGGCGUCGCCCCGGGCGUCAACAGCGGCUUCGUACCCUUCGACGGCGGCGCGAGCGGCAUGGUGGGGACCUUUAACGUCCCCGUCAUGAGCACGCAGCCCAUGUUCCUGUAUUGCGCGCAGGCGAUGCACUGCCAGCAGGGCAUGGUCAUGACGGUCAACGCCCAAUCAACGGACCUAAUUAACUACUUCAACGCCGCCGCAGCCGCACCGGCCAAUGUCCCCGCGCGCUCCGUCGCCGGCGGCGUCGCGGGCGCGAUCCCGCUGGCGAACGCGGUCCUCCCCAAGCCGUCGGCCGCGGCUAACGGUACCGCGACCGCGACCGCGACCGUGUUCACGACAGUCAUCGUGCCGCCCUCGUCGCCCGCGCCUCCUCCUCCACCGCCACCGCCUGCUGUACAACCGCCUCCGCCUCCGCCUCCUCCCCCUCCUGCCCCCUCGGCCCCGCCGCCGCCGCCGGCGCCGGCGCCGGAGCCGGUUCGUGGUGGUGAUGGGGCUGACCCGGCUGCGACGACCAUGGUCAUACUGCCAUCGUGA